AUGCCAUUUUUAUUCUCCAAUCAAGAGUUAGCGGAUAUUCAUUUUGUAGAAUACGCACGAAGAUUUCCAAACAGACGACAUCCAACUCGCUCAGUAUUUGUAAGAGUGCAUCGCCAAAUAAUUGAAAAUGGUUUUGAAAAUCUCCAAAGGGAUCAAAACAUAAAUGUUCGUCAGCGCAGAUUUACCCGUAUGAUUCUGCGUGAGUUUGAUAGAGAUCCGACCACAAGUGUUAGGAGAGUUUCUGGUGCCUUGGGAAUUUCAGCAAGCCAUGUUCACCGUGUUCUUAGAAAUAACCAUAGACGUCCUUACCAUUUGCAACCUGUGCAAGGACUACAGCCAGGGGACGCAGAACGAAGAAUCAGAUUUUGUCAGUGGAUUCUUGAUAGAACUGAUAAUAAUAUGGAGUUUUUAAGUAACGUUUUAUGGACCGAUGAGUCACGCUUCACUAGACGUGGAGUGGUAAAUUUUCAUAAUCAACAUAUUUGGUCGCAUAAAAAUUCGGAUGCAGUUCGGGAAAGAAAUUUUCAGCAUGAAUUUAAUGUGAACGUGUGGAUUGGUAUCUAUCGUAAUCGACUAUUUGGACCCUACCUUUUGCCUGCAAGGUUAAAUGCUGCGACCCAUGGUUCAAAAAUUGAACUCAACCGAGAACAUUUUCGCGCCAUAAUUUAUUACAACUUUCAGAGACAAUUAUCGCAACAAGAAUGCCUUGCUGAGUUACUGUCUGUUUUCGGCAACGAAGCGCCACAUCAGUCGACAAUUUCCCGUUGGUAUGAAGAAUUCAAACAUAGACAUGUGACAUAUCGCGAGAUUGAGGCGUCCUCGAAGAUCUCAAACACCUCAAUUCAAAAAAUUUUAUAUGAAGAAUUAGGAGUAAGAAAAUUAGUUUCUCGUUGGAUACCCCACCUGUGUCAAAAAACGCUUGACCGCUUCAAUUCCGGAAACUCAAAAAAUGUGUACAGCAUUGUUAGUGGUGAUGAAUCAUGGAUUUACUUCAUCCGUUCUCGAAGUGUUUCGAAAAAGAUGGUCGCGACAUUUGUGUCAAAAGCGGGUCAUAUUGCAACAAGUCCUCUUAAUGAGCAAAUAACUGUUACUGCGGAUUGGUAUACCACCAUUUGUUUGCCAAAAGUUAUCACCGAGCUUCGAAAAAUCAACCCCGAAAGAAGAAUCAUCCUCCACCAAGACAAUGCAAGCUCGCACACAGCCCAAAAAAUAAGGCAGUAUUUAACGGAAGAAAACGUGGAAUUAUUGGAUCAUUUUCCAUAUAGUCCCGAUCUAAGUCCUAACGAUUUCUUUACUUUCCCGAAAAUUAAAAACAGACUGCGUGGUCAAAGGUUCCAGUCACCAGAAGAAGCAGUUGACGCAUUCAAAAAUGUCGUUUUGGAUAUGCCAGCAAACGAGUGGAAUAAGUACGUGGCUAGAGAAGUGCAAGUAUCAAAAACUAAAGUGUGGCAAACGCUGCGUGAAGAGGGGCUAGUGCGGUUUUACGAAUCUACGUUCACGAGUAAUGGGGUGAAUAACUUUCGCAACACUCAUGUUUGGUCAGUAGAAAAUCCGCACGCCGUCCGUCGGGCACAUUUUCAACAAACAUUUUCGGUGAAUGUUUGGGCUGGCAUGCGCAUCAGCUGA